AUUCUUUUAUCAGAGCAGAGAAAACACAAGUGUCCCGGCUUUCACAGAGCUGAGAGGAGCCGCGGCCUGGUUGAGUCUCCACGGUUCUCAUGGUGUGUUCAAGUACAGCCCGCUGCUCCGAGCUCUGCAACAGUCCCUCAGACUCUGUGGUGAGGAACAAAGCUCAGAGAAGUGAUGGCAGAUAAAGAAGUGGCCCCCGCCGCCCCGGCCCCGGCCAAAGCAGCGAAGAAGAAGGUUCCCAAAGCCAAAGCGGCUGGUCCUGGUCCUGGUCCUGGUCCCAGCGUCAAAGAGCUCGUCUUAAAAGCUGUGUCCGCAUCCAAGGAGCGGGGCGGCUCGUCUCUGGCCGCUAUCAAGAAGGCUCUGGCUGCCGGCGGGUACGAUGUGGACAAGAACAAGGUCCGCGUCAAGACCGCCGUCAAGGGCCUGGUCGCUAACGGGACUCUGAGCCAGACUAAAGGGACCGGGGCCUCCGGAUCCUUCAAGCUCGCCAAGAAGGCCGCCGAGCCCAAGGCCAAGAAGCCCGCAGCUAAGAAAGCUGCAGCUAAAGUCAAGAAGCCCGCAGCCAAGAAAGCUGCAGCGGCCACCAAGCCCAAGGCUUCGGCAGCAAAGAAGCCGGCAGCCGCCAAGAAAUCUCCCAAGAAAGCCACCAAGAGCCCCAAGAAGGCCCCCAAGCCCAAAGCCAAGAAGGCCACCACGCCCAAAAAGCCUCCUGCGGCCAAGAAAACCCCCAAAAAGAAGCCUGCUGCUGCCAAGCCCAAAGCCAAGAAAGCAGCAGCCAAGAAGAAGUGA